AUGGCCACUGAUAUGGAAUUUCCUACCAUAACCAUCUGCAAUAUCAGUCCUGUAAACAUGUCAAAAAUUCGAAACGCCAGUGUCAUAUACGAUUUCAGUUUAGCUGUAGGUGGGUUUGGCGAGAGUUUUGAAAGAGAAUUUAAUAUUUCCGAUCCAAAGUACGCCAUUUUACAUGAGCCGAGAAACGACUCCUGGUUGAAGGACACAAGCUUCGAUCUAAGAUCUAUGAUAUUCGCCUGCAAGUUUGCAGGAAGAAAGGACUGUUCUCUGUUUAUGGAGAAAAGAAAAACGGACGUUGGUAUGUGCUUUUCGUUCAAUGGCCCGUCACAGAAUCCUCCACUUGUAAGCAGAAUAAUCGGAAGUAAAAAAGGACUGUCGAUGUUUGUACACUUGGACCAGGAUAAUUAUCUCAUUGGAAAUCACAAGGGCGCUGGAAUACAGGUUGCGAUUCACCAUCGAGAUGUUGAACCUAAUAUGGCAGAUAAAGGUUUUUAUGUUUGUCCUGGCACUGUUACUUACGUACCGAUCAGGAAAAACAAGUACACAUAUCUGCCGAGGCCAUACAAAGCAUUCGGAACGAAUUAUUGUACAAAAACUACAGAUCCAGAUUUUCAAAAUCCAUUGAAACAUUAUCCAAAAUACAGCCAUUAUGCUUGCCUCAAAGAAUGUCGCUCCCGCUUCAUCUUUAAAUUCUGCAAAUGUCGUCUGAUAACAGAUAUGGGUGACGAAAUCAUCUGUACCAUCGCCCAGGAAUAUCAGUGUGCUUUUGACACAAGAGAGUUAUUUGAUAGCAGUACCAGAGUUCAGGCAGAGUGUAAUUGUCCUAUACCUUGUGAAAAUGUACAUUUUGAAAAGGAGAUCUCGUCUGCCCAAUUUCCCUCAGAAAAAUACCGAGAAGUAAUCUAUAAUUUCUAUAAGAUUGAAAAUAUCAGUUCGAAUUACUUACAGCUGAAUAUUUAUUAUGAUACGUUUGUAACGCACACAAUUGAGCAAGUUCCAAAGGUAGACAUUACAAACGUGCUGGGAAAUAUUGGAGGAUACCUCGGAAUCUUCCUAGGGGCUAGCUUACUGACAAUAACAGAGGUGUUCGAAGUGGUUGUGCUUACUGCGUGCGUGUUUCUGAGGCGUAUCAUGAGACACACCAAGUGUUUUCUAACCAGAGUAAAGCAGAGAAUCAGCAUGGUUACAAUUUCUACAGAUACUACCAAAUAA